CUACCACGCCAAGGGUGCAAAGGGGAAUCAACAUGCACUGUAAGACUUGUUGCACUGCGGACGCACACUACAAACGCUGACAUGAAAUCAUCUACCCCGUAGAGCUGUGUUAUGAGAUUAUGGGGUAAAGUGGUAGUGAGCAUUCCAUCAAAUUUAUCCUUGGGAAAAAAGUGAAUGUGGUUCGCGUUGCCGUGGGAUUGAACAGGGACAAUUCAGCUGUACUCCAUUGCUGGCUAGCGGUUAAAUACUUUGAAGUUUCUACUGCUGAAGAAGGACUUUGAUUUUGGAAAAGUCAAAUCGAGAUAGAGUUUGAAGAUGAUGGAUGUAGACUCGGACUCGGAGAGAUCUGCCUCGCUGAGGCACCCAGAUCGUGGAGAGCAGACAAGUCUUGAAGAUGCCUUGGUUGAGGCAAGGAGAUGGAUUGAGAAUGUUACUGGAAUGAAGUUCCGCACUGAUGAUUUCCGCAAAUCGAUGACGGACGGGAUUCUGCUGUGCAUGUUAUUGCAGAAAAUCAAGCCAGGAUUAAUCAAGAAGAUAAACAAAUCCCGCUCAAUUUAUGCUGGAGUGGAUAAUUUGAACGUGUUUCUGGGAGCCUGUGAGGAUCUUGGACUGAAGGCUGCACAGCUGUUCCAUCCAGGAGAUCUACAAGACUUAUCCAGCAGAGCAAGUUUGUCUGUACAGGAAAGGAGGAAAGAGGAAGAACGCCGACUGAAAAGUGUGUGUAUUACCAUAUUCUGGCUGGGUCGUACCGCCAAUCAGCUAGACACCUACACUGGUCCCCAUCUCAAUUUGGAUGCAUUUGCACCGUUGAUUCACGGCUCCUCAUCGCUAGUCAAGGGCCUAUCACCGGAUAACGCAAGCAGUGGUGUUUCUUCCUGGGCCAGUGGUACUAGCACCAACAACAACUUCCGCUCCAGUCUAGGUUACAACGACGACGUCUUCACCUCAGAUGGCAUAGACCUGACUGCAAUCGCCCCUGAGAAAUACACGGAACCCAAAUGGAAGCGUGAUCUUAGGAGAGAACUGGAUAGUUCUGUGCCAGGAUUGUCUGAUUAUACUGGCAACGUUAAUAGUAAACCAGUCUUAAGGAUGGACAGCUCACGACGCAGACCGCCGCCCGUUGCAGCUAAACCUCUACACACUCGAACCAGGAGCAUGCCGGAGAGGUCUAACUUGGAGCGACAGAACUCGGUGGAGGAUGAGGACUCGCAGUCUUAUCGUAGUGGGUCAUCUGGUGAACCGAUGAGUCCCACAACGUAUGAUGAGUUUGUCAAGAGUAAAGGAAUGGUACAGGAAGACCAGGAAGUAUGGAUGUCGAUGGCUGAUACUGCAACUUCAGUGGUGUCUGUUCAGCGGAGUUUGGAUUCCUGGAAGUCACGUCGUCGGCGCGCCACUCACUCCGCCUUGGAGAGGAAGGCAUCCAGGGAGGAGGUUGAGCAGAACGAGCAGUCCAGACAGAGAAGACGCAGCAAGACGUAUCAGGAGAUGAUGGAGGAAAAGGAGAAACGUGAGAAGAUCCUGAUGAAGAUGGCCACCAAGAACAAGUCGUUGGAUGCUGAGGAUAUCGUACACAUCCUCACCAAACCCUCGCUGUAUGAAGAUGAAAUACAAGAUGUGCCUGAGCGACGGCCCCGGUCUAAGUCCAUACCUGGCAAUUACAAACAUGGGGAGUCUAGCUUCCCUACGUUUGACACCACUAACCCCUCUCAUGACACCACUGAUGCCCCCUCUCUGAGCCGGCAACCCCCUCCCGAUGUCUCCCCCAAGCUUAAAGUCAGACGGAGUGGUGUAGGCAGUGCUUUUGCCCCUUACCAGCGAACAGACAGUCGUGGAUCCAGUAACGGGAGGAAAACGAUGCAGAGCACUCAACGAGUGGAUGACUUCACAGACCUGCGCCCAGGACAUGUGGAGCCCCUGACAUUCCGAGAGAAACUUCUCCGUGAUCGAGACCGGGAGAUUGGCCUGUCGGUCCAGCAGAGAGAUUCUAAAUCUUCAGCCUGUUUGCCGCAGAAGAAACGGCUGAGCAUGGGCAUUAUGGGAAGGGUGGCUGCGUUCAACAAGGGUGAAGGGGAGGAUGAGCAUAAGGCUAAGCCGCAGCCUCCCAAGCCAGCCCCCAAACCGUCAAAGGAGCCAGAAUACACGGAGCUGACCAUCAAAAUGAAGCAACGGCCUAGAAAUGAGGAUGGAUUUGGAUUUACUAUCUUCGGAGGAGCGGAUAGCGGGAGAUCGAUUGUGGUCACCAGCAUCACACCAGGCAGCACAGCUGAAAAGUGUGAGCUGAAAGUAGGAGAUGAAAUCGUUGCCAUCAACGGCGAGACAACUAAGAUGGUUACUUAUGACCAUGCUCUGUUCUGCUUCAGUUCAUCAGUACUAGAUGGAGAGCUGACACUGAAGGUUCAUCGAUAUGAAGACCUGGGGAAUAGAGCUCGCAGUACUACAAGCACCAGAAGCACUGAGCGCAGCCCAGCCAAGUCAGACCCCUCAGAAUUCUCCAAACGUCGAGCCAUGUCGCAACCCACAGAUCCUAAGAAUCUGUCUCAGGCAGCUAGGGCAAGGAAGAUCCUUGAACAGAUGCGAGAGGAGGAGCAGAGGAUGGAAGACAUGAGACGGGAGAGGGAGGAAGAGAGGAUGGGUGUAGCAGUCAAUGGAAACCAGAAUUGGAACCACAGUGACAACAAGCGGGAUCCUUUGAGGGCAUACUACGAUGAGCCAGAGCCAGAAGAACGACAUCUAGGUGAUGCUAUCCCAUCAGGCCCGGCUGCCCCCUCUGUAUCUAAACCCAAAGACUCCGCCCCCUUAGGCGGCCCUGAGCAGACCUCAGUUGUUGAAUCAGAAAUCAAGCAAGAAGCUGUCAAGCCAGAAGAAAAAUUAGAUCUGUUAUUGAAUCUCACAAGAAGUUCUCCCAAUGGGGAACAAUAUGGAAAACCUAGCCAAGUUGGGGUAGACGUACUGGGUGAUGAAAUACCUCUCAAACGGGAUGCAAUAUCACCCGAUGCAGGGAUAGUUUUAGACAAUGACUCAAAAGAAGAUCUGGACAGAAAGUAUCCCAGUGAAAAUGGCUCCAAACCACAGGUCGUGGAUGAAAGCAUAGAACCUGAAGAUAAUUUGGUUAUUGUUGGGGAACAAUCAGUAAACCUCUGGAAGCUACUUGGACAUGAUGCUUUAGAAACUCCCGAAUCUGAUCCCCUGGCAAAGAAUGGGAAUGUACCAGAGGAAACUGGGCCUGAUGGGGGUAUAUUAGAUGGUUCUCCAGACAGGGAGAUUGGAAGGUCCAAGCCGCAUUCACAUUGGAUUAACAAUUUGGAAAGAUUGACUAUGAGUAUGACUAUGGAGAGUGAUGGAGAGAUGUUUUCAUCAGAGGAUGAAGAGAGAAUGGAAGAAGAAAUCAUGAAUAGGAUGCAGGAGGAGCAACGAGCUGAAGAAGAGGCAGAGGCCAGGCAUCGGCGCAUCCAAAAUGAUGAGAAAAACAAGUCGCCCAUAGAAGAGGACUUCAUCACACCCCAGUCUAAGCAGGCUGAAGAAGCACCAAUCAGCUUCAAAAGUAUCCCCUCUGAGGCAAGUGCACCUGCUCAGAUGCCAUGGCAACAAUCUGAGAACCUGCCCUCUUCUACCUCCACCACAACAGUUGAUAGCAGUAAACCACCCAAGUACCAUCCAGUGAAAUUCACGUCAGGACCCAAGCCGUUCUCAAAUCGGCGCGGACCAGAGCCCUACAAGCCCCCGACAUUCAAGCCAGUCAGUGUGAAGGAUAACGGGCCUGGUGUCAAGCAAGACAUGCUGAAACGGAGAUCGGACUUCUUUAGUAAGCCACCGGAGAUGGACCAAUUGCCUGUCUUUGGUUACUCAGAUGAUGAGAGAGACAUGAAUAACCGAAGCGGCCAGUCUAGUCCGGUUGUUGGUGAAAGUGUGACUGCUGAAGUACAACAACCUAUCGAGGCCGCCAUUGAACAACAAGUCCAAGAGCCUGUUGAAUCAUCCGUCAGACCACAAUCCAAACAGCCUGCAUCACUUGCAUCUCGGAAGGCAUUCAAUGUCGAAGAAGAGAAGAAGAGAUUAGAGCGAUGGCACGCUGAACAGGAGAGGAUUCGCCAAGAACAGUAUGAACAGGAGCAGAGGAGGCUGCGAGAGCAGCAGGAGAAAGAUCUUGAGAGAGCUGAAUCAGAAGAAAGAAAGAGGAAGAUGGAGGAACAGCAACGGCUGAUGGAGAAGCAGAAGAUACUGCAUGAACAGGCCGCGGAGGAGAGGAAACGUCUUGAGGAAGAACGAAAAGAGAGGGUGAGGAAAGAGCAGGAGUAUCUUGAGAGGGCAAGACUGGAGAGGGAAGAUGCUGAGAGGGAGAGAUUGAAAGAUGAAGAGGAGCAACAGAAGAUGGCUGCUGAGAGAAAGAUGAGAGAACAGGAACAGCUGAGGAGAGAAGAAGAAAAACGGAAGAGGAAAGAGGCGGAGAGGAAAGCAGAGGAAGAGGCACAGCGACGGAGGGAUGAGGAAGAGUUGCAUCGACAAGAGUUGGAACGACAAGAUCGUGAAGCAGAAGAACGAAGACUUGAGAUCAACAGACUACGGGAGAAGGAGGCUGAGGAGCGAGCACGGAGGAAGGAGGAAGAAGAAAGACUGGCCCGGGAACAGGAGGAAAAAGAAAAGGAAAGGUUUGCUCGUCUGCGGCAAGAGGAGAUUGAACGCAUCCGAGCAGAAGAGAGGGAAAAGCUGCAGAAAGAAUGGGAGGAGCUUCAGAGAGAGAAGGCUAAGCAAAAAGAGAGAGAACAAGUGGAGCGAGAGAGGUUGGAGCAACUCAGAGCUGAACAGGAGAGGCUACGACAGGAACGCAUCAAACUGGAAAAGCAACAAGAGGAGGAACGACGGCAACUCCAGAGGGAGAAAGAACGAUUACUGGCACAGUCAACCAACAGCAAGCCUGAUGCUGAUAAAAUACCAUACAACAAAUCUGACAAAAACCCAGACGUCAUUGAUAAGGACAAUCACUAUGGGGAAUAUGGAGAACCUGUUAAAGAGAGAGAGGUAAUUGUGAGCGAGGAGAAAAAGGAUGUUUAUAGCGCACCUCCUCAGAAGAACAAUGAUUCUUACAAGGUUCCUGGACAAGCUUACAUGUCACAGUUCAAAGAUGGCAGUAUGGGAACUCAGCACUGGAUGGUUGAGGAAGCUGAGAGAAGACGAUUGGCAGAGAAAACCGGAACCUCCCAUUCCCACGAUCCUGUUGAAGUCCACACCCGUCCAAUCGUGAGGCAAGAUCUUGACUUGGAACCAGUGUUGGAGAAAAAGAACUACGCCCCGGAACAUUUAGCCCCAGUACGUCACAUGGAUAAGCGAGUCAGUCCAGAACCGAUGAAGAUUAGAGAACAAGAUGUGAGACAGCAUCCUCCACCCUCACAGAACCCCAAGAGUCAAGCUUACCGGGAGGUGGCAGUUGAUGUCCCAUCAGACUUCCAACCGGUCCCGCGAAGGUUGAGAGCACCAGAGAUUGAAGCAGAGAAGAAAAAGAAGCAGAAUCGACAGUCCAUGCCAGAUAUGGGCAACCGUGUGCCAGAUGUGGUCAGGAAUGAUGUGUAUGCACCGCCAGUGCCACCACACAGCUCUGACAGGAACAGUGCACGUAUGCCAGAAAGAAUCCCACAACAGCCUCAGCUAGGCCCCCCGGGUCGCACCUCCGCCUUUCAGCAACCUAGCAAAAAGCCUGCCCCUGGCCGCUCAGUCAGCGGUAAAGUCGUCUGCAGCAACUGCAGCAAAACCCUGGGCAAGGGGUCGGCCAUGAUAGUUGAAUCUCUGGGUCUGCAUUUCCACAUUCAGUGCUUCCGGUGCUGUGUGUGCAAUGUCCAGCUUGCAAAUGGAACCAAAGGGACAGAUGUACGAAUACGGGCCUCAAAACUCCACUGUCAAAACUGCUACAGCAAUGAUGCAGGAUUCGAGUUCACAGAAGUCUGAUGAAGAUGAGGGAGCAAACAACGAAAGCAGCAACGAUGUCUAAUGUAAGGAUGAAUGGAACUUCCUAUCAUAGCGAUGUUUCAAGAACAGUUACUGACCAAGACUACAGAGCAAGCCUGUGAUCUUAUAUGAUUAUCUGGAGACUUUGUAACCGUUACUGACUGAGCUGAAGUACCUGCUAAUUGACCUAUCGCCGUUUGCGAGUUAGCCAAGAUCUUAGACAACCCUAUGGAAUUUUGGACGUUAAGUUUUGUUUGUCUCACAUUUUGCGUGUUCCGCGUCCAUUUGUAUAUCAUGUCAUUGCACAACAUUUCACAAGCUGCGUUGAUGCAAUUCUACUGCGAUAGGUCAAUUGCGCUGCUUUUGGUGUUCCUUAAAAGGCUAAUUAACUUGACAACGUUGUACAUUUACUUUGUUUUGUCACACUGGUUGUGUUAGCCUAACGUAGUUUGCCUUUUGUUUUAUUAAUAAUGUUAAUUCUCACUGUAACAUUUUGGGAUUUAUUCCUUCCAACUUAUACUCAGUAUUUCACGUGUAAAAAUAUGUUAAAAGAUAUUUCCCGUAGUAGAUUUGACUUUGGGACAGCAUGCUGUAUUAAAGAUAUAAGAGCUGCAAAACUAUUUUUUCAUAUUCUUACUUUUAAUAAAACUGUACUUCUAGGUAUCAGUGUUAGUUAAAUGUUAAAAUGGUAAACAUUUUCUAAAUUUGGGUUUGUUUGUUAGUUCAGUAAUCAUGUGUUUCGAUAAGUGUCUCAACUGUUUACAAAUUUAAUGUGAAAUGCUUGAUCUGUAUUAUAGUGUUUCUGUUGUUGCAAAAUACAAACUGUUGAUGACAAAAACUUUGUGUCCAAAAGACUAAAAAUGAACAGUCAACAAAAAUGAGUUGUGCUUUUGAGCAGACAACAGCUGCCUGCAUUAUAAAGGAAGUAUUCAUUCAUAAUUGUUUUGGACCACAGCUUUUAUCAAAUCUUCAAAGUUCUCAAGCAGGAAAAUUAUUCAUGUACAAAAUCAAGGUUUUUUUUUUCCUUUUAGAACUAUCAUACUCUUCUGUAAAUGCUUCUGUUAUUAGAUUACUUCAGUUGUGUAUGUAGGUUUGACCUGUUGAUGUGUCUUAAAGUUAUACAUGUUUUUUUUUUCAAAAUUUUGAUUUUCUUUUCCAAACAAAAUUUAAAGGAAUAUAAUGUCCUGUUAAAAAAUAAAUUGGCUUGUUUGUUUUGCAGACAUUUAUAGUUUUAAAAAUUGGUUUUAAAUGGCGCACUCCAGUUCAGAAAUUGCGCACAAGGUUCAGAACAAACUAGGAGCGCCUGCUCUUCAUUCAAAAGUUGAAAUCAAUUAAUUCAUUACUUGUCAUGCGCCAAUUGUUUUUGCGUGAUGUCUCAUUGGAAAGCUCAUAACUAAUGUAAUGCUAGAAAAUUAUCAAUUCAAUUUGAAAAUGUAUUUUUUCAACGUGCCGCACCCAAAAAAGCACGUAUACACCAACUUUUAAGUUUGUGUAAAAACUCAAAAGACAAAACCAGCAUUAUGUAUUAAGAGGAGAGGAGCUACCUGUUGUUUACAGUUAAAGUUUGUAUUCUUCUGUAUUGAGAUAUGUAUGUAUUUAGUUGUCUGCAUCUUCUGCUUCUAGAAAUGAACCGAACAAAUCUUGUUUGAAAUAAAUUCAAAGCCUACCAUUUCAGUGUCAUUAGGCUAUUUUGUAAAUAAACAAUGUAAAGUGAUGGUGGUUUGCAAAGAGAAAAAUUGUAGAGUAAUCAUGGUGGUAAAAAGAAUUUUUUUAACUCAUUAAUUUGUGGCUACGAAUUGUACAUAUUUGAGCUGCUCUUAUUAUAGAGAAAAGUUCACAAAAAUAAGGUGAAUUUCUUCCGAAAUAACCUUAAAAUUCUCAAGUACAUUUAAUUAUUUUGUAUUCUUCAGAUCGAUUGGUAAUUUUGUUGCCAAAAAUAAUGCAGCUUCAGAAAGUAUUCUCUUAAAUUACUAAAAUCGCAUUGAGGGAUGAAGUAAAAUUAGGUGUACAUGUAGUUACAAAGUUAUGUUUUUCGCUCAUGAACUUACAGUAACGGUGUUAAUUAUCAUUAAGCUGUCCAAAGUACCCAAAACAAAGUAUUCCGUUAACCUUAUUUUUCCCCCUCUGGUCAAAUUGAACAGAGUAGGCCUAGUGCUCAUAUUGUAUUUUGUAUACUAUUAUUGGAGGAUUGUGUUCAUUUGUCAGAUCACAUUGAUAAAUUCACUGUCUUUUAAAUUUUUCAUACGAUGUUUAAGAAAAAAAUUAAGAUGUUGCAUAAAUGGAGUGGACAAUGAAUGACUCAAAAGUUAAACCAAGAGCUAUACAGAAGUCAUAUUUUUCUACUUUCUGAGUUCGUCAGACAUUGGUAACUUGUGAUGAAAAGGAGAACGCUGGUACCUACGACAUUUGGAUUCAUUUCACAGCAAUGGCUGAGUGGAAUAUGACCAAUAUGGCAGCCAUAUGACAAGAUUCAAAAAAUACUUCCUGAAUACUCAUUGCGGUAACCACACAACGUCACAGCUAUGGUAUAACUAUAUUUGACCAUCAACAAAUCACGAUUAUCUUUAUGUGAACAUGUGUAGCUUUGUCAGUUUUCGUUUCAAUUAAUUUAGCUACUCACCAACGCAAUACGACUGGAUGCAUAACACAAAGCUUUAAAAUAGAAUAGAUGUCCCGAUUAAAAUUUGGUUGACAUGAACAAACUCUCACUUUCCCAAUACUUUUGAAACGUCUUGGUUCGAAAUAGAAAGGUAAACUGACAAACAAUCUUACCUUUCAAAAUCCUCACACCCAACUGGUCAAGCUCGAAAUAAGUGGUCUAUUAAUUUCCUGCUCAUCCAACUUCAGAAGUUGAAAACUUCCGUGAGAUUUGGCAAAAUUCUGGUGGUUGAUACUGAUAGAUUCUGUCAGCCGCCGCACUUUAUCUUCAAAGUCAUCAUUUCGUUCUUCUUUUCUGAAAGUUUUAGUUUCAGUUGUUAUGUUGGCUAAAUCUCACAUCAAAUUAUGUUUUGGUGUUUCAUAUGUCUGCAGACUAAGAAAGUUGUUUUUGGAACACUACGUUUUUUAAGUUGAUGAAUAAUGAGAAAAGAGCAGACGAAAACGUACAAGCGAUAUUCACAUUACUUUUUAGGCUCGGCCAGGCAGAUAGUUUUAUCAGUAAGUUUAAAACUAUUGUCAAAACAAUUAUAAAGGAGUUGCUGAAGGAAAAAAAUCAUUUCGUCAGAAAAAAAUAUUUUGGCUUUAAAACCAACCCAUUUCCCGUAAAACAUGACUUAUCAUGACUUUACCAAAAAUCAUUGUUACAAUGCGAUCGUCACAUGUUCAGGGGCCACAAUUGGUUGGUGCGCGGUUUUAAACAAAUCACGGCAGCACGUGACAGGCCGGUCCUCACUUGGGGAUUAUUGAUAUUAGCAAAACUAUCUUAAGUAGUCACAAAUGUUUAAAUAAGAUAGUGUAUUCUAACCUCGGCCAAUCUGCCUUCCAGAAUAAAGAUCAAUAUUUGAAUAUUCUUGUAACAAAAACACUUUGUACAGAAUGCGGUUGUAUAUAUAUUUUUGUGGAUUUCUAAUGAUGGAAUAAACAUCACAUCUGCUUAAAAGGA